AUGGCCGAGGGGCCGCCGAGGGGCCGCACGCCCAGCCCGGGCCCCGGGGGGGCACCGGGGCCGCCCAGCCCCCGCGCGGCCGGAGCGGCGGCGGGCUCCGCCGGGCCGAUGUCCCCGCCCGCCGCCGCCUCCAAGUGGGUGCGGCUGAACGUGGGAGGCACGUAUUUCGUGAGCACCCGGCAGACGCUGUGCCGGGAGCCCAAGUCCUUCCUGUGCCGUCUUUGCUGCCAGGACGGGCCCGAGCUCGGCUCCGACAAGGAUGAGACGGGGGCCUAUCUCAUUGACAGAGACCCCACAUACUUCGGUCCGAUACUGAACUACCUCCGGCACGGGAAGCUCAUCAUAAACAAGGAGCUUGCAGAGGAAGGGGUGCUGGAAGAGGCUGAGUUUUACAACAUCGCAUCCCUCGUGCGGCUGGUGAAGGAGCGGAUCCGCGACAACGAGAACAGAACCUCUCAAGGACCUGUGAAACACGUGUACAGAGUGCUGCAGUGCCAAGAGGAAGAGCUCACACAGAUGGUGUCCACCAUGUCUGACGGUUGGAAAUUUGAACAGCUGAUCAGCAUUGGAUCUUCCUAUAACUAUGGAAACGAAGACCAGGCAGAAUUCCUCUGUGUUGUGUCCAGGGAGCUCAACAAUUCAACCAAUGGUAUUGUCAAGGAGCCAAGCGAGAAGGCCAAGAUUCUUCAGGAGCGAGGAUCCCGGAUGUAAUUCAAGUGUCCACUCCAUUAAACUCCCGGAUGUCACAGGGCAGUCCAGCUGGGCAGAGCAUCUCUCCGCAGAGCAACCCAGCCCUUGUACAAUAACCAAGCUAAUGCAAAGCCAAGCCUGUCCUGCCAAUGGCAAAUAAUUCUGGUCAUAACCAAAGCCUUUUCUCUUACCCUGGAAACCGAGGAAGGAGAAGACUCUUCCAGCUGGAUAGUCCUUUCCACAAGUAUUUGUUUUAUUUUCUUGGCCAGCACUGUAUUGAAUUUUUCUGACAAUGGCUGGGCCAGAUUCCCUGUUGGAGCCUUUGUGAAGGUUGUUCAGGUCCUCAGGCCCUUGUAAUCAAUCUCACCUUCCACAGGCUGCUGUGGGUGGGAAGGUCCAUAUUUGAGCUGUGCCAUUUCUUGCACCCAGGUCUGCCACCAGAAAUGUACAGGGACCUUGCAGUGCUCCCCCUUUCUCCCCCAAAUCUGAAGAAUAGGGCUUUAAAAGGAGGAACAAAACAACCACUUCUGAAAACCCACACAAACUUUUCCAUCCUUGCUUUGUAUUUGUUCCUUGUUCAAUUCCUAAGAGCUGAGUUUAGAUAUGAGGGGAGGAGAGUUGUGUGUCCAUCUGACACAGGUCUCACUGGUAAUACUAUUACUUGUGGGCUCCUGGUAUUUUCCAAAGCCCAUUACUUUGCAUGCAUAAACAAAGAGGUCUGUGUUCACCCAAAAUAGUGAUAGAGUGAUCGUUCUGUCCUUUACACUUCUCCACAGUGGAAAAGUGGUGACAUCUUCCCCUCCAGUACCCUGCCAUGGCCAUAUCUUAGCCUGCUACAAAGUCACAAGGUUUAGGGACUUGCCGCUGCCAAGUUCAGCUUUGCCUUGUUUGUCUCCAGCAGUGUGGGCUCUGUCUCCUUCCCUCUCACAGGGAGGGCUUCAGGCAGAAUUUCUUUCAUACUGUACCAAGCAGGUAGGUUUGUCUGACCCCACAAGAUCCUUUGCAGAGGAGAUCCCCUAUUAACAUGCAGUGAUACACCUGCAGCCCCCUCAUGUCCCCACCUUUAAGAGAUCACCUCGAAUUACAGAGGGACAUCACAGAGUUGGGGUGGGGGGGUUUGGUGAAAAGUUGCCAAACUAUUGUAAUGUUUCUUGUCCAAAGUGAUGUGUCAACUUUUGUGACUUUUCUUUCCUUUUUUUUUUUUUU